GUUUUAUAUUACAUUGCAGAAACCUGAUGAGUUUAUUUGAUACUGAAACAAAUAUCAACACACUGAACGUGAUAUUUAGCGAGAUAUAAGCUACAGAAUAGGAAGAUCAGUGAUUUUGUUGACAAACAGAAGACCAAAGAAAAUGCACCAAGUUUUUGAAAGUACAGAUUGCUUCAAAAUGAACGAAAAGUCAAAGAAUAUUGAAAGACGCAAGAAUGCAACACUCGGCACAAGCAAUAGUGGAAAUACUUAUCCAUUGAAUCGGGAUGCAAAAACCAACCAGUCAACUAGCUGUGAAAAAGAAAACCAGACAGCAGACAUCCAGAGCACGAGUCGAAGUGAUGUCUGUCACUGUUUACCAAAUUAUGUGUAUCCCGAGCAUAAAACGUCACCUCUAUGUGCUGGUGGAACGCGAAAUGGAAAUUUCAACUACAAAAAACAAAGCUGCGGUGGCUUCAACAUGAAAAUUAACGUACCUGCUUUCUUCAAGUUAGCUCUUUUUGUUCUAAUGUUGGACAAACUAAAUGUGUCGGCGACACCACUUUUGCAACGCAUGGCGGACCAGAAUGAUUGGCCUGCGGUUUAUGCAAAUCUUCCACGACGUGUGUUUGCUUCAAACGAUUUGCGUAUACAAGAAACUGAAGAUAACAGCAUGAGCAAAGAUUUCGAAGAUUUCAUUAGCCGUCUAACGCAACAAGCCACCAGAAACCGAAGAUCAGCUCCCCAGUGUGACAAAGUAAAAAGAAACCUUUUGAGUCUGCUACAACACGCCAUCGAAACAGCGAACAACGCGUACCGAAGUCCACGAAAAAGGCAUGCGCCAAUGCGAAUUGUCAGCCGAUCGUGGGGAAGCUUUUGCCAGUACGUUCACGAUAGACUGAAGUCAACGUACUGCCUGGUUCACAAUCACCCGUGGUUGUUCAGAGAGUCGACCGAUGGGAUAUUAGGAACCAUAGACACUAUGAUACUGCUUCUUCAACAAGAUAUGAACAUAAUUGCAAGCAGCGAUUCAACAUUUUCAUACAAUCACUUUGAUAAGUCAAGAUUGACUUGCCCAUUAAGCAACCUAAGCGACAGGGAGGCAGAGAGUCUGGUUAAAGAAGAACUUUUCAGUGUCGCGGAUCUUCUAAGGAGAGCCUGCUUAUAGUAUUCUAACCCGACCCUCGAUUGACGUCAACCUGCCACCGUCUUCACAACCAUCUGAAACGUUUCAAUGAAAAAGUUUCAUUCUAUCUAUUUAUUGUUUCUUGUUAUUUCAUUGUACCAGCUACUAUUGUUGUCGCGUCCUUGCGUCCAGAUAUACGUGGCCGUACCUUUAUUUGCACAAUGUUUUUAUUCAGUAUUCUUUACCUGUACGCACAAGUGGGUUAUAUAAGCAACAUCGAAAGUGAACGAAUUUAUCGUGACAAGACAUGACCACUUUUAUUGUUCGUUGUUUAAUGUUGUUGCGUGCGCACGAUUGACCACUGCCACAAAAUGUAUCGGCCGUAAACUUGCCAUGCUUAUUAGGCGGCCAGCAUGCAUGCCACUUAUUUUACCAACCGUACUUAUUAUUUUGUUUGAUCGUUGUUCGUUACACCCAUUUCCGAUAAUAUAGGCAACCACUGUACACUUUA